AUGGCGGCGGCGGGAGGAGAAAUUGCCGGCGCUUCGUCGGGAACGAGGACGAAACGGCUUAAGAUUGCCGUCAUCCACCCGGAUCUCGGAAUCGGUGGUGCUGAGAGAUUGAUUGUCGAUGCGGCUUGCCAUCUUGCUGCCCACGGCCAUGAUGUUCAUGUCUUCACAUCACAUCAUGAUAAAAACCGUUGCUUUGAGGAGACUGUUUCUGGUUUGUUUCCAGUUACUGUAUAUGGAGAUUUCCUGCCUCGUCAUGUGUUUUACCGCUUUCAUGCUGUUUGUGCUUAUCUUCGCUGCAUUUUUGUUGCACUCUGUGUGCUACUCAGAUGGGCCUUCUUUGAUGUCAUAUUGGUAGACCAGGUUUCUGUUGUGAUUCCACUACUUAAACUAAGGGCAUCAUCAAAGAUAAUAUUUUAUUGUCACUUCCCUGAUCUAUUACUUGCACAACAUACUACUAUGCUCCGGAGGUUAUAUCGUAAGCCAAUUGACAUGAUUGAGGAAACGACUACUGGUAUGGCUGAUUUGAUUCUAGUUAAUAGCAAGUUCACUGCAGCAAAUUUUGCAAGGACCUUUUCUGGUUUACAUGCUAGAGGAAUCGAGCCUGGUGUUCUAUAUCCAGCUGUCUCUGUUGAGCAGUUUCACGAACCCCAUGCUUAUAAAUUGAAUUUCCUAUCAAUCAACCGGUUUGAGAGGAAAAAGAAUCUUGAUCUUGCCAUUUCAGCAUUUGCUUUGCUCCAUUCUCUUGCUUCGACUCUACCUGGUGAUGCUCUGCAAGAAGCAACAUUAACAGUGGCAGGUGGCUAUGAUAAGCGUCUGAAGGAAAAUGUUGAAUACCUUGAGGAACUCAAAAGACUCGCAGUGACUGAAGGGGUGUCUGGACAGGUUAAUUUUGUUACAUCUUGCUCAACAUCUGAAAGAAACGAGCUUCUCUCCAACUGCCUCUGUGUUUUAUACACUCCCAAGGAUGAACAUUUCGGUAUUGUACCUCUUGAAGCCAUGGCAGCCCAUAAGCCUGUAAUUGCCUGCAAUAGUGGUGGCCCAGUGGAAACAGUUGUGAAUGAAGUAACAGGGUUUUUGUGUGAUCCCUCUCCCGCAGAAUUCUCCAAAGCCAUGCUGAAACUUGUGAAUGAUCAUGAUCUUGCUGUCAGAUUGGGUGAACAAGCACGAGACCAUGUGGUGCAAAAAUUCUCGACCAAGACAUUUGGUGAUCUCCUCAACAGCUAUGUCCUGAAUGUCUACCAUGAGAGGAUUGAAUGA